AUGCGAGAUAAAGAAGAAAUCACGGACUACCGCUUCAUUCCUGAACCGAAUCUACCCUUUCUCAAGAUUCGCCCGGAGUGGGUAACUGAAUGUGCAGCGUCAGUGUCAUCUGAGCCAAGUUACGUGAAGUACCAACAACUUGGUUUCAACCCUAGGCGUGCCGUUCAUUACGCUGAAAAUCCCACACUUUCACGUUUUGUGGAUUUUUGUGCUGACCGUGUGAAGAACAUCGGGACGGAGGAAUUCAUUGCAUGGAUGAAGGAGCUGAAAAUGAUGAUGCAACGGAGCAAAGCAGUGUAUCCUCCGGAAGAUCCUGAAUUUGCGAACCAGUUCAUGACGGUUGUUGAGUUCUACGUGGGAGGAAGGAUCACGAAACAACGAGCUCUCGCGACUUUGAGAGGAUUUCUCAGCAACCUGCAGGAUGCAGAGCAGCUUUUCAACGAAAAGAACCUCUGGCGAAUAACAGACGAGACUCUCAUAGACGAAAUGGUGGAAGCGAUUCUGACGAAGAACGAGAAGCUACUUGAGAAAGCUUUGGCUGGGCAUGCGAAAUCGUUGACGCGACUCCGAGGGCUUGUCGUGGACUCUUCUGAGAAGCGAAUAGAUGCCGACGAAGCCGAAAGAGCUGUUCUGGCAAAAUUGACCAAGUUAAAAGGUCCCACUGUAGUAAAGAAAAGCGCUGGACCUUAG